AUGCUGGAAUGCCCGGACGGUGGGGCCAAGGCGGCCCCCGUCCAGCAGCAUAAGAUCUCCUUCUCCAUCCUAGACAUCCUGGAUCCUCAGAAAUUCACCCGGAGAAGCGAAACGGCCGCGGGGAGCGGCGGCAGCGCCUGCCGCUCGGGAGAGCAGGAAAAAAGUUUGGCGAGAGUUGAAGUAGGAAAAGGCGCUGCUCAGCACGAGAGCGAGAGGAAUAAACUAGAGGCGGAUGAUGCGCGCACCCCGACGGAGAGCGGCGCGGAGGCAGCGGUCGAGGAGGGGCAGCCAGCGGCCGGCGCCGGCUCCUCUUCGUGCUCCGCAGCCACGGGGCCGGAGGAGCCGGGCUCGCCGCGAGGCGGCCGACGGCGUCGGGCAGAGGCGAGCUGCGCCAAACCGCGGCGAGCGCGGACGGCUUUCACCUACGAGCAGCUGGUGGCUUUGGAGAACAAAUUCCGCGCCACCCGGUACCUGUCUGUGUGCGAACGCCUCAACCUGGCGCUCUCCCUCAGCCUCACCGAGACGCAGGUGAAAAUCUGGUUCCAGAACCGUCGCACCAAGUGGAAGAAGCAGCAUCCCGGAGCCGACGGAGCUGCCGCCUCCGCUCCCCCCGCCGCCGCCCGCUGCUCCCCCAGCCCGCCGCGCCCCGCAGCGCUGCCCGGCCAGACUUUCCCCUCGUACGCCGCCGCCAGCGCUCUCUUCCCGGCCGCCUCUCCCUUCCCCCUGGGCGGCCCCGGCGGCGGACCCUUCGCUCCCUUCUUGGGGCCGGCGUACCUCGGGCCCUUCUAUGCCCCGCACCUCUGAGAGCCUACCCCGGGUCUGUCCCAGCGCUCCCGAGGGUGAGGAAUCGGGUUUUUCUUCUCCAGCUCGCUUCGACAAAGAGACAAAAUACCCACAUGCUGUAACCACAGGAUUUUAU